GCGGCGGCGCUAGUGCGCGGGGGCAGCAGCGCGGCGGGCGGGGGCCGAGACCCAGACUGCCGAGCAGCGGGCACCGGGGAGGCCCGGAGCGGGGCGAGCGCCAUGAGCCGCAAAUGCGACGUGGUCGUGGUGGGGGGCGGCAUCUCAGGCAUGGCAGCGGCCAAGCUUCUGCAUGACUCUGGCCUGAAUGUGGUUGUUCUGGAAGCCCGGGACCGGGUGGGAGGCAGGACUUACACCAUCAGGAACCAAAAGGUUAAAUAUGUGGACCUUGGAGGAUCUUAUGUUGGGCCAACUCAGAAUCGUAUCUUAAGAUUAGCCAAGGAGCUAGGACUGGAGACCUACAAAGUGAAUGAGGUAGAGCGUCUCAUCUACCAUGUAAAGGGCAAAUCGUACCCCUUCAGGGGCCCCUUCCCACCUGUGUGGAACCCAGUUGUGUACCUAGAUCAUAACAACCUUUGGAGGACGAUGGAUGCCAUGGGGCAAGAGAUUCCCAGUGAUGCCCCAUGGAAGGCACCCCUUGCGGAGGAGUGGGACCACAUGACAAUGAAGGAGCUGCUGGACAAGAUCUGCUGGACAGAAUCUGCCAAGCAGCUUGCCACUCUCUUCGUGAACCUGUGUGUCACUGCAGAGACCCAUGAGGUCUCUGCGCUCUGGUUCCUGUGGUAUGUGAAGCAGUGUGGGGGCACGACCAGGAUCAUCUCAACAACCAAUGGAGGGCAGGAGAGGAAAUUUGUGGGCGGAUCUGGGCAAGUGAGUGAGCGGAUAAUGGACCUCCUUGGCGACCAAGUGAAGCUGGAGAGGCCCGUGACCCACAUUGACCAGACAGGAGAAAAUGUCCUUGUGGAGACCCUCAACCAUGAGGUGUAUGAGGCUAAGUAUGUGAUUAGCGCUGUUCCUCCUAUUCUGGGCAUGAAGAUUCAUUUCAAUCCCCCUCUGCCAAUGAUGAGAAACCAGCUGAUCACUCGUGUGCCUUUGGGUUCUGUCAUCAAGUGUAUGGUUUAUUAUAAAGAGCCUUUCUGGAGGAAGAAGGAUUACUGUGGAACCAUGAUCAUUGAAGGAGAGGAAGCUCCAAUUGCCUACACGUUGGAUGAUACCAAACCUGAUGGCAACUGUGCCGCCAUAAUGGGAUUUAUCCUUGCCCACAAAGCCCGAAAACUGGCACGUCUUACCAAAGAUGAAAGGAUGAAGAAACUGUGUGAGCUCUAUGCAAAAGUUCUGGGCUCCCAAGAAGCUUUGCAACCGGUGCAUUACGAAGAGAAGAACUGGUGCGAGGAGCAGUACUCCGGGGGCUGCUACACCGCCUACUUCCCCCCUGGGGUCAUGACUCAAUAUGGAAGGGUUCUACGACAGCCCGUGGGCAGGAUUUAUUUUGCAGGCACUGAGACUGCCACGCACUGGAGUGGUUACAUGGAGGGGGCCGUGGAGGCUGGGGAGAGAGCAGCCCGAGAGAUCCUGCAUGCCAUGGGGAAGAUCCCAGAGGAUGAAAUCUGGCAGUCAGAACCAGAGUCUGUGGAUGUCCCUGCGCAGCCCAUUACCACGACCUUCUUGGAGAGACAUUUGCCCUCCGUGCCAGGCCUGAUGAGGCUGAUUGGAUUGACCGCCAUCUUUUCAGCAACUGCUCUUGGCUUCCUGGCCCACAAAAGGGGUCUACUUGUGCGGGUCUAAACAGUGGGUGUCUGUAGCUACACCUUCUCACUCUGUCUGGUGUGUGGGUUUGAGGAAGGGGUUGCAAUGAAGUUCCAAGAAGACAUAAAGGCCAUAGAAUGAGGUGGGGAGCAUGAAGAUAAGUCAGAAUUCUGACCAUAGGGCACAUGGAAUGUCCUUUUCCAGUUGACCCCUGCAUAUUGUCCCUUACCUGGCUUCACGCUCUGUCUCACCUAUUUCCAAGUUUACUGCGCCCAGAAAUUUUAUAGUAGUUAAACAGGCUUCUUAAGAUCCUCGCUGUCCCAUGCCACACCUUGCCCAUGCACAAAAAACUAGUUUUUUCCCCCACCUCUGUGGCUUUGUGUGGGUCCUUUCUCUUAUGUGUAACAUCCUCUUUGUCCAAGUUCUCCGCACUUGCCCUUAGAAUCCUGUACUGUUAUAGCUGGGCCUUAGAAAACAUCUAGUCUUCACCUUCUCUUGUAGUAUAGAUCAAGCCAAGGCCAGGAGAGGUGGAACUUAAUCGCCCAAGGUCCACAGUAAGCCACUGAUAUUUGGGGGACUAGAAUACAGGUCCAUUGCUUCUUCCAUCCCCCAGGGUGUAUGCCCCAAUCACCCUCUUCCACUCCCUGCCAUGCUCACCAAUGGUGUCCCUUUGUGUGGGUUUAUGCUGCACUAAGUUGUUAGGCGCUCCUCAGUGCUACUCAGUAUAUAUCCUUAAGUCUUACUGUCUUGUGCAGUGUGUUUUCAGCAGAUUUUAAUUUCUUGGAGGAUAGGAAUCUUGUCUUCCUUUUGUAUCCUCCAUUAUGUCUGGAUACAAAGGUCAGUACGCAUUUGGGCAAUUAAAAAUAAAGUUGAAUGACCAGA